GCAAACAGUCCGUCUCCACCGAUUCUGGCUUACAAGGGCAGCAGAGGCCGCAGAUUCAUGAAAGCUGCUAUCUUGAGUCAGACCCGCGUGAUCAACUUUGUUGAGAAGGACAUUAGUGAAAUGUGGCCAAAAUGGGACUCUGAGGUUGAUGACGUGCCCGCGGAGAACAUCAUUAAAGUCAUGUAUGAUCGGAGACCGUGGAAGUGGACCAUGGAUUGCUGGGAAGUCACUGGUACAAAACCCAAGUUUGUGACUCCAUCGAAAAGAGCCAAAGAGAUGGUUGUGGAGGAGGUGGAGGAAGACAAUCAGAGACCUCGGAAGAAAGCUCGUAAAGAGGCUCCUAAAGAGGCUCCUAAAGAGGCUAGAGAAGAGGCUCCUACAGAGGCUAGAGAAGAGGCUACAGAAGAGGCUAGAGAAGAGGCUAGUUGGGUGACCAGAGAGGAGUUAGAAAAUAUGUUCAAGGGCUUAGGUGACAUGAUGAAAGAUGGGUUUAAGAAGUGCAUCAGGGAGAUUAGGAAGAUCUCCGAUAGAUUGGAAGCUGUGGAGAAGAAGGUUGGUGUCACCAAUCAGGCUACCCCUCAAGCCCCAGAAACCGGGGUUAGUAACAAACAGCCUACCCCACAAGCCCCAGAAACCGGGGUUAGUAACAAACAGACUACUCCUCAAAAGGAUCAGCCUACACUUCAAACCAAUCAUCCUACUCCUCCCACCAGACAGCCUGCUCCUCAAAAGGCAAAGCCUACUCCUCAAAAGGCAAAGCCUACUCCUCAAACGAAACAGCCUGCUCCUCAAACUAAACAGCCUGCUCCUCAAACGAAACAGCCUGCUCCUCAAACGAAAAAGCCUUCUCCUCAAAAGAAACAGCCUUCUCCUCUGCCCAAAGAGAGAUUGUUGCCGGAGGAUACAGCAGAUGAGGCGAUCUCGGUAUAUAAGAUCUUGCCGGAGGAUAAAGCAGAUGGUGUCACCUCCAAAGAGAUUGUUCCUCUCACUUCCACUGACCAACCGAGCUUCGCUUCCAACGAUCAACAACCGAGCUUUGCUUCCACCGAUCCAAGCGUUCCAGUUUCAGAACCGAGCCUGGUUGUAUUGGACCAAACAGCUCCCACUGCUUCUGUGCGUGCAAGGAGUGAACGAACGAAGAAACCUGCUCCCACGCAGAUAUCUCCUUAUACGGCAGAGAGAAGGAAACUCCUUAGAGUGGGAAAGUAUAAUCCAUUUCCCACACUAAACAGACCUAAGAUGAAGGAGCUCGCUGAUUGGUUGAAAACUGAUCCGUAAGUGAUUGCUUUACCCAUAAUAGCUUGAUUUAGUCUACCAAAA